UGCAAGAGAUUUGCUGGAUUUGCGAUUGUUACUUUGGAUCCUGUGUGUAUGUGUGUGUACGCGAGGUGUGGUAUUUGCGGUGGUUAACGAAGGUCUCGUCAAAGAUAAGAAGAAAAAUUAAAAAGGGCGAGCCGCUGCGUUAAAAUAAAACAUCAUGCCGCUUGGACAUCUUCCUGCGUGUGUGAUAGAUGUAGGCACGGGGUACACAAAGUUAGGUUUUGCAACCAAUAAAGAGCCUCAACUAGUAAUACCCUCGGCUAUAGCCAUCAAAGAAACAGCAAAAGUUGGAGACAAUAGUGCAAGGCGUGUUACAAAAGGAGUCGAUGACCUCGACUUUUACAUUGGCGAUGAAGCUUUCGAAGCCACAGGAUACGCUGUUAAGUAUCCAGUCAGGCAUGGCCUCGUGGAGGAUUGGGAUCUUAUGGAGCGAUUUCUUCAGCAGUGCAUUUUCAAAUACCUCAGGGCUGAGCCCGAGGAUCAUUACUUUCUGCUGACUGAGCCUCCUCUCAAUACACCGGAGAAUCGGGAGUACACAGCCGAAAUUAUGUUUGAAUCCUUUAACGUUUCUGGACUUUAUAUAGCAGUGCAAGCGGUGCUUGCUUUAGCUGCUUCGUGGACAGCAAAAAAUCUAGACGAAAGAAGUCUAACGGGCAUUGUUGUCGACAGUGGCGACGGAGUUACUCACGUUAUUCCAGUGGCGGAGGGUUUCGUUAUAGGAAGUUGUAUAAAGCAUAUACCAAUCGCUGGUAGAGACAUUACGUACUUCAUUCAGAGUCUUUUGAGGGAACGUGAGGUGGGAAUCCCUCCCGAACAGUCGUUAGAGACAGCCAAGACAAUCAAAGAGAAAUAUUGUUAUAUUUGUCCAGACAUUGCUAAGGAAUUUGCAAAGUUUGACAGUGAUUCUAGUAAAUUCCAAAAAUUUGAUGGUAUCAAUAAUAUUACUAAACAGCCCUUCGUCGUCGACGUUGGUUACGAAAGGUUUCUUGGACCAGAAAUUUUCUUCCAUCCAGAGUUUUCAAAUCCAGAUUUUACCACACCGCUCAAUGAAAUUGUUGAUGGCGUUAUUCAAAAUUGCCCCAUUGACGUUAGGAGGCCUUUGUAUAAUAAUAUAGUCCUUUCCGGCGGAUCGACAAUGUUCAAAGAUUUUGGGAGACGAUUACAACGAGAUAUCAAGAGGACAGUUGACGCGAGAUUGAAAUUGAGUGAAAAGCUGAGUGGUGGUCAUAUUACGCCAAAACCAAUAGAGGUCCGUGUAUUGUCACAUCACAAACAACGAUGCGCAGUCUGGUACGGAGGUGCAUUAUUAGCUAGUGGUCCCGAAUUCUACCAAGUCUGUCACACUAAACAAGAUUACCAAGAGUAUGGUCCAGGAAUAUGCCGCUACAAUCCAGCCUUCCGCAGUAUGAUAUAAGAGGAAGCAAAAUAAUAACGCCAAAGAAGAGCGUUAGUUUAAUCGAUGAUGAAACUUCUUUUUAGACCGACGAUCUACCUGAACGAAUUUAAAGAAAACUUUCGUUUGCUCUGCAUUUCGUGAAACUACUAUAGGAAAGAUCAAAUUGAGUCUCACACUAAAAUCGUGCAAUUAAUUCUUACGUAAAACUGCCCAGAGUAUUAGUGAACGCACAGAAAGUCAUACAUCAUUUUCUAAUGAAAAUAAAGUAACUAAUCAAGUAAAAAAGAAAAAAAGAAGAAGAAAGAAAUGAAGCCUGCAUUUAAAAGAGGGACUUUAGAUAAUCAAGGUAUUAUUAUUAAUUACUAUGGCUACACGAAUGACUAAAAAAAUGAUUAAGUGAAUUAUGAAAAUAAUUGUAUAGAAAUAUGUACAUACGAAGCGUGUGUUAAAAGAAUCAACUUUUUAAAAUAA